CAUACCUCUUCAGGAGUUAGAGAAAACAACUUUAUGAAGAAUUGUAUAAUUUAAGAAGAGAAAGAGAUGAGGCCAUGAAGGAGCGAGCUGAAGCCAUCAGAGAAUUGGAGACGUUGAAAAUGUCGGUAAACACUGUGAGAGAAAAUGACACUAAAUGUAAAGUCAUGACAGGCCUGUCAUGGACAGUAUUUGACACUCUUCAUCAGUACCUGGUACAGUUUGUUAAGUCACAGAAAACAUCCAAGAUGUCAACACAAGACCAGCUCUUUAUUACUCUGGUGAAACUGCGGCAGAACCCCUCAACCGAUAUGAUGUGUGGAAUAUUUGACCUGGCACAUAGCACUUUCCUGGAUGUAUUCUCCCGAUGGUUGGAUGUUAUGUACGCCAACAUUUCUUUUUUGAUUAAAUGGCCUGAUAGAGAGUGUAUCAGAAGCACAGUACCAGCAGAGGUUCUCUUCCAGUACCCUAGAGUGACUGCAAUUAUCGACUGCUUUGAGAUCAGAAUUGAACACUCAAAGAAGCAGAAAACAAGAGCUAUCACCUACUCAAAAUACAAAAACUGGACAACAGUGAAGUAUUUCAUUGCAUGUCACCCAUCUGGCUCAAUCACAUAUCUCUCCAAAGGCUGGGGAGGGAGGGCUUCAGAUGUGCAUAUUGUAAGGAACUCAGACUUCUUAUCUCAGAAGUUCCACCAUGCAGGAGAUCAGAUUUUAGCCGACAGGGGCUUCACUUUGAAGGAUGACUUUGCUGUUCUGGGUGCUCAUCACACCGUCUUUCACGAGGGGCCGAAAACAACUGUCAGCCGAAGAUGUUGCAAAUUCUCGUGUGACUUCGAACAUCAGAAUUCACAUUGCCUGCACGCUCUGCCUCUGUUGCCUGAACGCUCUGCCUCUGAUGCCUGUCACCCUGCUCUGAUGCCUGUCCACCUGCCCUCUGAUGGCCUGACGCUCUGCCUCUGA